CAAGAAUGGACAACGUUAUGCUCUAUUUUUACAAUUUUAUUUAUACCAACACCCCAACCUGGUGUGUCCCAGUUUUGAAUUUUUUGGUCACCCUAUAUUACUGCUAGACUCAUGCUAGGCCCCCACUGCAUUUAAUGUUUUGUUUCUUGUGUCAUAAAUAAAUAAAACCUACAAACAUCUUAGGUAUGCCAUGGAAUGUUUCACAGUAUGACUGUAGCAGCCAAAAUGCACCUCCGGCCACUGUGUGGCGCUGUGUCUUUGUUUUCUGUGAGUUGCUGCCGAUUGAAGACCUCUAGUUAGACAAUACAGGUGUUGCAGAUUGAUGAGGAGCAGUCUUUUGACCGUGUUCACAGCUCAUGCUAAACUAAAGGAAUAUUUGAGCUUUUACUGGAGUUUUGGGCUCAUUUCUAUGGAAACACGCGUCAGAAAUACCUUUUUAAAAUUUGCAUCCUCGUGGCUGCCCCUGUAUUAGUCAAAAGACUCCUCAGAAGACAACAAGCUGAAGUGGAUUGACUGGCACCACUCACCACACUGCAGUCUGGCUCUGAGAGCUGCGUUUGGUUGCUACAGGAAAGGCAGCAAAGUGGCAUUGGUUUGGACGAGGACAGAGAUGGGAGCAUGUGCAGAGGUGGCUGUGGUGAAGGACACUGCACAGACUGACCGUGUAGAAAGUUUGGACACAGAUCUAUGCUACGGACUUCAGCUGAUUGAGAUGGACACUAACGUGCUGGGACAGGUGAGCCCUCUCCUGUAAUGGACUUUAUUCCACCCACUGCUGAUCACUUCUCUGAUGUAUCAUCUCCAUGUGAAGAGAAACAAACUGACACUUCAGACUCCGAGUGAGUGGUCUGUGGUUGUUACUGGUUUUAUUGGACUCUUACAUCACAAACAUGAGUCAGCUGGAGCGCGCGCGUCACGGGAGGAGCGCCUCUACUGCCCCACAACCUGAGCGCACAGGACAAACACUCACGCCGGCUUUUUAUGCACAAGUGAGGCUCAUGCGGAACAGUUGAACCAUUUGAAGCAAGUUUUUGUCACGUUAUGAGCUCAGAUUUGGAUGAACAACAAGAUGAAAUCCUCGCUCUUGUCAGCAUAUUCGAUCCGGAGGAGUUUGUCCGGAAUGAGUCGAAGUCUUCCGGGGAGUUCCGAGUGUGCGUGGAGCUCCCGGCGCACUUCACUGUCGUACUAAAACAAGAUGACACACUGAGCAAUUACGAAAUCACUUCUCUCCCGCCUCUGUGCCUUACCUUUGACCUGCCUGAGGAUUACCCAUCAUGCUCUCCUCCUGCCUUCAUGCUCAGCUGCUCCUGGCUCACCCCAAAGCAGCUGUCCUCACUCACUGCUCAUCUCACUGACCUGUACCAGACCACAGGGGGCGCUGUUGUGCUUUUCUCCUGGGCCCAGUUCCUCAAAUAUGAGACUUUAGGCUUUCUCGGAAUCACUGACAUACUGGAGAUAGAUUCAGAUGGAGUAAAUGGAUCUAACUUGGGUAAAUCUGAUGAUAAAGACUUGAGUUUGGAAGAAAACAAAUUAAAAACUGCAUCUGCUAUAAACUUUGAUGGAAGAGUUCCAGAGGUUGCCAGAUUGGAAGCUCAGAUCACUGAUAUGUUGGAAAUACCCUCAGAUGAAUCCAGUACAAACUUGGACAAAUCUGAUGAAAAAGAUUUGACUUUGGAGGAAUCUGCUGCAAACUGGGAUGGAGGAGGCUCAGAGGUUGCCAGAUUGGAGGCACAAAUUCCUCUUUCUCUUACUCCGGGACAAAAGCUCAUGUCCCAGCUGUUGAUCCAUGAUGCUGCUCAGAAAGAGAAGGCGUUUUUCAAAGAGCAGUUUGAAUGCGGAGUCUGCUUUGAGAGUUGGCUCGGCUCGGAGUGCGUUCAGAUCAUCGAAUGUGGCCAUGUUUUUUGUCGUCGUUGUCUCGCAGACUUUUGUAAAUUUCAAAUCCAAAAUGGAAAAGUGACAGAUGUGACGUGUGCGCAGACCGACUGCAAAGCUACCCCCACACCGGCACAGGUGAGAAGUCUUGUCGGUGAAGAGCUGUUCAGCCGCUACGACCGCCUCCUGCUUCAGUCCACUCUCGAAUCUAUGCCUGAUGUGGUGUACUGCCCCCGGCCCUCCUGUGCCUCUCCUGUCCUCUCAGACUCCAACUCCAUGGCCCAGUGCUCCGUCUGCAGCUUCGCCUUCUGUGUCCUCUGUAACAAAACCUACCACGGCUCUGAGCCCUGCUACACCCCCACCCCCGAAGACGAGAGGCAACAGAGGCCCCACGACGACUAUGCGCAGAUCCCAAAGACAAAAGAGGGCAGGAUGGCUCUGUGGGAGGAUUACUCCACUGGGUACAAAGCGAGGCGGCAGCUCCUGAAGCAGAGGUUCGGCAAACAGGCAUUUCUGGGGUUCCUGGAGAACUGGCUGAGCUCAGACUGGAUCAGGGAAAACACCAAGAACUGCCCCCACUGCUUCUCCCACAUCCAGAAAAUUGAAGGAUGUAACCGUAUGACCUGCACCCGUUGCCACCGUAUGUUUUGCUGGAGAUGUUUGAGCAAAUCACCCACUUCUGACCACUUCAAAUUCUCCUGCCCUUUAUUCCCAUGGCUCCCAAGACCAGUGUCCUAUCUCACUCCCACCACCCCCCUUUAACACCACCUUUCACAAUUAUACAUUCAUUUACUUGGACAUUGUCAAUUAUAUCUAAUGCACUUUCUUGUUUAAAUUAAGUUUAUACCAAAAUUAGCCUACAGAAACAUUCUUUAAGUGUACUGGUGGUUUUCAGAUUCAUAAAUGUGAUGGUUUCAGACAGGCCUGUCAACAGAAAUUUGGGGGCCUUGAGCAAGAAGCCUCACAUGGGCCCCCUACUAAUCUAAAUGAAUUUAUUUUAUUUUUAUUUAUUUCAUUUUAUUUGUAUAGCAUAUUUUAUAAACUAAAAUACUUAUUUUCUCCCAACAGUUACCGGAUAUUUUAAUUACAGUCCCCACAAGUUCAAUAAAUAUUCCUACUUUUACUACUACUCAGAGGUGGGGACUUGCAAGACGUGACUUGGACUCGAGUCAAACUUGAGUCACUAUUUUUAGGACUUGAGACUUGACUUGAUAAAAUGGACUAAGACUUGGGACUCGUCUUGAAGGUCAUUGACGUGGGAUUUUGGACUUGAAGCCUGUGACUUGACAAGACUUGAUGUUUCUCCUAAAAAUAUAUGUUUUUAGAAAAUACUUUUCUCUUUACAUUUGAUAAAUGCGGUGCUGAAUUUUACAGGAAUAUUAGAUUAUAAUAAUUCAAUAUUAAUAUACAGUACAAUACAGUAAUAUACAGUACAACACAGUCAUAUACAAUACAGUAAAACAUAGUACACUGCAGUAACAUACAGUACAAUAGAGUAAUAUACAGUACAAUGCAGUAAUACACAGUACAACACAGUAAUACUCAGUACAGUGCAGUAACAUACAGUACAAUACAGUAAUAUACAGUACAAUGCCGUAACAUAAAGUACUAUACGAUAAUAUCUGUAUUAUCUUACAGUACAGGCCUACAAAACAAUAAUAUACAGUACAAUACAGUACAAUAUAGUAAUAUACAGUACUACAUAGAAUUACAUAGAACAUGAUCCUUCCAUUUCAGUGCAGACUACCUGACAAAAUAAUUGUUAUUUAGCACUUUUAAAUCUGAAUUCUUGCUGUUCUGACCCUAAUGAUUCACACUCAGAUCUUGAAAGACUUUUAAAAAGGAAAAAAUUCCAUUUAUACAGUUCUUCUAUAAAUACUCAUAUAUAAAUACACCAUGAACUUUUAAGUACAAUUUAGCUUAAAAAUCUGAAGAUUGAAAUGACUUGAAGCUCAAAGCAGACGACUUGAACUUGACUUGGACUUAUGAGCCAGUGACUCGAGACUCAACUUGGACUUGCCUGUAUUUGACUUGGGACUUGACUUGCACCAACAAAAGUCUAUACUGAGCCACGAGUGAGUCAAGAAUGGACAACGUUAUGCUCUAUUUUUACAAUUUUAUUUAUACAACACCCCAACCUGGUGUGUCCCAGUUUUGAAUUUUCUGGUCACCCUAUAUUACUGCUAGACUCAUGCUAGGCCCCCACUGCAUUUAAUGUUUUGUUUCUUGUGUCAUAAAUAAAUAAAACCUACAAACAUCUUA